AUGAUGCUGGACCAGCAGGUCCUCAUAAGCCAAAGUCAGCCGGACGAUAUACCCUCCAGUCCUGCCACUACUCUCAGUAACGAUAACACGAGCGAUGGAGGGUCUACGGCCAGUUUUUCCAAAGGCGAUAAAUCCUCUGAUAUUGAGGAAGCAUCAGUGGAUGGUUCAGUGAAGGAAGGGGUGUCAACGACCGAAAUGGAUCACGCCUUGAAUGAAGAUGCAGAUCUAACGAAGUUCACUUUAAAGAGUCUUUUGUUAGGCGAGGAACUCAAGAGGCUCCAGGUCUGGAGAACAUCUUUUUCCAACGACGAGCUGGAUCGACUACCUACUAUCGACCACGAAGUUGCACAGAGCGUACUAAAAUGCUUGACUAGCGUGGCCAACAUACUGAUUGAAGAGUCAAAGGAGUGGCGGACCAAAUCAGAGCCAGAUGAUCUUGAGACCGAAGGGAUAAUUCUAGAGAGUCUACUGAAAGAGAUUGAGAUAAAGACAUCGGAAUCCAAUGUUGAAAACGAGGCAAUGACGGAUUGUAGUGGUAUUUCAGAGUCAGAUGAAUCUUAUCUGACCAUUGGGAAUCAAAGUUUAAUCAAAGGUCUCAAAUAUGAGAUUGACAGACUUCAAAUGCUUUCUCACUCUUUGCGCCUUGGAAUGAGGACCGGAUUCAUAUUUACAAAUAAUUAA